AUGCAUUUCAUCAAGGCGGUUGCCUCUCUCUUUGCCCUUUCUAGCUGUGCUGCUGCGCAGUUUAGCGACUCUGAGUUUACCCUUGCUCGCCGUGAGCUUGCUGAAGCUGCCGAAGAGCAGUACCUUGCAGCCCGUGAUGAGUAUAUUGAGAAGCGUGACAUCUUCCGUCGUGCUGGUGGUAACGGAACCUGCCAAAAGGCCGGCAAUGGCAUGAGCUGUAGGAAGUAUUCUCCCGAGAAGAAGAUGAGGGUGCACUGUGGCCCUUGUGCCAAAAACGCCUCGCCCGGCCAGUAUUGCCUUUGCAACUGGUAA